UGUGAGUCGUGACUCGUGACUUGGUGAGUACUUAGUGUGACUGUGACAGACGUGUCGUGUCUCUUGUGCGACUGUGUUAUGUCUCUCAGUGGCAGUGUGACAGUGACUAUAUUGUUUAUAUUGAAUAUUUAGAGGCACGUGAGCAGUGAGCACGUCCUAUCAUAAACAAAAAAUUCCUACACAUUCGUAAAUUUUAAUAUUUUUAAAUGUAGAUAAACAAAUAAAACAAUACAUUUUUAUUUUCCACCCCCACUGAACGAUUUUCUGUAAAACUGUCAAAUCUGUUUUCAUUAUACUAUCGUAGUCGAGCAGACAGUAAGAGUAAUUUAUUUCCAUGGUAAACUGGUAAAGGUACUAAUGAAACCAACCAACUACAAAUUCAUAGGAACGCUAUUUUUCAAUUUUUAAUUAAAAUGGACUGCGAAGAAGGCAGUGAACCUUUGAUGUCCUUACCGACGUUGAUAAAUGUAAAAACACGAGAAUGCUAUGAUGUCUUGAAGAGAAAGAUUCAUCUGAUCGGUCGUGCUGGAUUUGGUGCUGAUCUAGAAAUAUCAAACGAUACUUCCAUAAGCCGUUGUCAUGCAGAUCUCAUUCUURAAAAAAAAGUACAAGCAGUCGGCAGUACAAAAAAACUAUUUUUGAUUCUUGUUGACAAGAAAUCAAAGUAUGGAACAUUUAUAAAUGCUAUGGAGGAAAAAAUUGAAAGUAAUUGCCCUAAAAUUUUAAAGUUGGGUGACAAAAUUCGUUUUGGUAUAAUGGAUAGCAUUUGGACUGUUGAGGAAUAUCCUUUAUUAGUUUGUCCAUCAACAUUGAAAUCUUAUGAGAAAGAUAUGUUGACACGUCUGGUGACAAAACUUGGGGGACGAGUUGUGCGUAAUUGGUCUGAAGAUUGUUCACACCUCUGUAUGAAUUCUGUCACUGUUACAGAAAAGGUGUUAUUGUGUCUAGCAUCUGGAAAAUCAAUAGUACCCAUAAGGUAUUUUACUGAUUUAUGUAGUGGAUUGACAGUUAAUUUGUCGUUGGAAAUACCGUACUGCAUGGAUUACACGCCUAAAUUGAUCGAAGGUCUUUUAAAUCCAAAUUCAUUAUCCUUAAAUGUAAAUAAUAAACGUAAAACUCUAUUCUCUGGAAAAACAUUUAUAUGUUCUACAGUUAAUCAAUUAAAUCGUCUUUCAAAAUUGGUAAAAUUAGCAGGUGGAGAAAUUAUGAAUUAUUCUGAUGGAAUUUUGUCUGAUAGUGAUAUUUUAAAUGAUACAAAAUAUAUUCUAAUGCAACAAGAUCCACGCUAUAAGGAAGAUAAUAAUACAUACCAACAAAUUCUGGAAAAACUGAAGAUGGUGAACAAAAGAUCAAUACCAGAAAAUGAUAUUGGAUUUGCCAUUAUUUUUUCAAAUACUACAAAACAUUGUAACGCUAAUUUCAAUGUUUCUUUAGUUAAUCUUGAAUCUCAAUCUAAUGUAAUUAAAUCACAAAAUUCCAUUAUCUUGGCUCCUGAAACUGAGGUUUUAACUGUUAAUGAUGGUGAAUUAUUUUCAGCUAAUACCAUCCCAGAUUCUUUUCCAAAUACCAUACAAGAUUCUCUUCCAAAUACCAUACCAGAUUCUCUUUCAAACACACAAUGUGCUUUUAAAAGACGGUUAGAAGUAUCUGACUCUGAAGAAAUGCCAACAAAACGUUCCUUAUUGGAAAAUAGUAAACAAAAAAAUAAAGAUAUGCAAUCAAUAAGAAUAGAAGAGGGCUUAAAAUUGUUUCAAUGUGUGAUUGAACCAACUCCAUCCAGUAGUAACCAUAACGUUCAAAGCCCUGCACCUAAAACCCAAACUAUUAAUAACAGUUUUACAAAUGAUAAUUUGUGUUUAACCACAGUACUAAAGUCUCAAAACAAUUCUAAUGCCAAUAAAUUGUCAGCUUGGCUUGAAAACACUGUAGCUGGCGAUAAUGAGCACAAUACUAAUAAUCUACAAUCAACAACUGCUGAAAUCCAGGCUGUUCCUACAAAAAGGAAUGUAUCAAAUGAUAACCUAUUGUUUAAUAACGAAAACGAAGAUCCAUUCAACUAUAUGGAUAUUGAUGAAGUUGAAGAGCAUCCAAAAAUAAAGCGAAAGAAAAGAGAUAUGGAUUCAUUAUUUUUUCCUAUAGUUAACGCAUCAUCCAGCAAUAAAAGUGAACCAUCUAAAAAUGUGGAGACUAAUGCCAAUGUAGCAGUAGAUCCAAAUUUCAUUAUGAAUUUACUCUCCGAGGCUAAAGGUACUGGACAGUUUAUAGAUGCAAGUAUGCUGCAUAAUAAAUCGUCUACUAAUACACAUGAAGAUACUGAAUCCGAUAACUUAUUAAAUUCGGUCAUUGUAGAAACUGUCAGUAUGGUGGUAUCCAGACCUACACAAACCGCUAACAUCAUUCAAGGAAAUAAUAGUAAUCUUAAGAACUUCAAGAAAUUCAAGAAGAAAGGACCAACCAUGCGUAUUCCAUAUAUUGUUCCAAUGGAAUUCACUCAAAUUGAUUAAAAUGGCUUUAUGUUAAUCAAUUAAAAAUUUAAUUAUUUCUUAUUUAAGUUAGGCUUUGAUGAAUUAUAAUGUUUUUACUUGUUUA